AUGGGCCAGCCUCCAUCCAUGCCUGGACAGCAACCCCCAAUGGUGGCUCGCCCCCCAACCUCGAUGCCCGGACAACCUCCCAUGAUGGGCCAGCCCCCAUCCAUGCCUGGGCAGCAGCCCCCAAUGGGCAUGCGCCCUCCCAGCAUGUCCCAGCCCCCGACCAUGCCUGGCCCUCCCAGCAUGUCCCAGCCCCCCACCAUGCCCGGUCCUCCCAGCAUGUCCCAGCCCCCGACCAUGCCCGGCCCUCCCAGCAUGUCCCAGCCCCCGACCAUGCCCGGCCCUCCCAGCAUGUCCCAGCCCCCCACCAUGCCCGGUCCUCCCAGCAUGUCCCAGCCCCCGACCAUGCCCGGUCCGCCCAGCAUGUCCCAGCCCCCGACCAUGCCUGGGCCCCCCGGCAUGUCCCAGCCCCCUUCCAUGCCCCCUGGCCCCCCUACCUCCAUGUCGGGCCCCCCGACCGGCAACCGCCGUCGCCAGUAUGCCUCUCAAGCUUUUGCUGAUGCUGCCUCAGGCACCAUGCCACCGGGCGCCAUGCCGCCAGGUGUACAGCCAGGCGCUGCUGCCAAGCCUCAACGACGUGGUGUGGAUCCCGAGGCCGUGCCCUCUCCAGUCCAAGUGAAGGAGCAGGAUCAGCAAACACACGCCAGUGGCAUUUUUGUCACUGGCUCGCGCGCCAAUCCGCCGCUCACCUCCACCAAUGUGCGCAUUGUGGAUGAGGGAAACGCGAGCAGCCGCGCCGUGCGCGCCUCGCUCAAUGCCGUGCCCUGCAACUCGGAACUGCUCAAUACGUGCAAGGUGCCGCUUACCCUGAGCAUCACACCUCUGGCCGACCCAGGCCCCGGAGAGCAACCCGUCCCCUUGGUCACCGCCAGCCCUGAUGGCCCCAUUCGCUGCCGGCGCUGCAAGGCUUAUCUCAGCACUGCGGCCAAAUUUAUGGAUGGCGGUCGCUCUUGGCGCUGCCUCUUUUGCAACACAAACAACAGCGUCCCGGACCAUUACUUUUGCAACCUGGACCACCUUGGUCGCCGCCAUGACCUGCAAGAGCGCCCCGAGCUUUUGCGAGGCACCAUCGAGUAUGCAGCCCCGGCUGCAUAUUGCGCGCGUCCACCGCAAGUGCCCGGUGUUCUCUUCCUCCUUGACGUGUCUUACACCGCGGUGCAGUCUGGCCAAGUAUAUGCCGCCUGCCAAGCUAUUCGAUCCACCAUCCAAAGCCAUAGCGAGUCAAACAGCCCGCUGCCCUACCGCCUUGGCAUCGUUACAUUUGACCAAGCCAUCCACUUUUACAACCUGAGCGCCGACCUCAGUCAGCCCCAGAUGAUGGUUGUAACCGACGUAGAUGACGUGUUUGCGCCCUUGGAAAAGGGCCUGGUUGUCGAUGCCAAGACGAGUCGCGACGUCAUUGACGCUCUGCUGGAUCAGAUCCCCCAGAUGUUUGCCAGCACAAGGAUCACCGGAACCGCAUACGGCGCUGCAGUUCGUGCGGCUAUCAUUGCCCUCAAGAACACGGGUGGGCGUGUUCUCAGCUUUCUGGGCACCUUGCCCGAGCAUGGCCCCGGCAAGCUGGUCAAGCGUGAGGACGCCUCGUUGCUCGGCACGGACAAGGAGAACAAACUUCUCGUUCCAGGCGAUCGCUACUAUGAGGAUGCGGCCAAGGAUGCUGUGCGUUUUGGUGUCGCGUUUGAUCUCUUCGUCUUCCCCAACGCCUAUAUGGAUCUAGCUUCCAUGGCUCCGUUAGCGACUGCCACCGGAGGUCUGAUGCAUCGCUACCCUUACUUCCGUGGGCAAACCAUGACCGAGGAACUGGUUGCAGACGUGACCAGGGUCGCCAUUGGCAGCUUUGGUGUCGAGGCCAUGCUGCGCGUCCGGACAAGCACGGGUCUGCGCCCCGUUGAGUUUCAUGGAGCCAUGACAAUGGAAAACAGUCAGGACGUUGAACUGGCCAAUGUUGAUGCGAAGCACAACAUCACAGUUCGCAUCAAGCAUGAUGACAAGAUUGAUGAAGGAAGUGAGGCUCACUUCCAGGUGGCACUCCUGUAUACCACGCGCUUUGGCGAGCGUCGUAUCCGUGUCCAUACACUGUCUCUGCGCACAGCCAACAAUUUGGCGGACAUUUUCCGCUCAGCGGAUAUGGAUAGCAUCAUCGUCGCCUUGCCCAAGGCCGUCAGCAUUCUGGCCUGCUAUCGCAAGCGCUGCACAAGCCCCAACACUGCAGCGGGCCAGCUCAUUUUGCCAGAGUGCCUCAAGCUCAUGCCCGUAUACAUGAACUGCGUCCUGCGCUCACCUGCCCUGCGUCGAGGUGGUGACAUGAGCUCAGAUGAGCGCGUUUUCUGGCAGCACUUUGUGCGUGCGCUUCGACCCGAGGACCUGGUGCCCUUUUUCUACCCGCGUCUCUUUGAAGUCUCCACGAGCGAGCACAGCGAACCGAAGGAGAUUCGUUGCUCGCGCCGCUAUUUCAAAAAUGACAGUGUUUACGUGUUGGAAAACACACAGCGCAUUUUCCUGUUCCUGGGUUCCCAGACCCCCGUCUCCUGGGUGCAAGCCGUUUUGGGUGUGGGUUCGGUGCAGGCCGUGUCCAGCCACACCCUGGAGUUGCCGCAAACAGCAGAUGCGUUUAACAUGUCUCUGCGCGAGUUCUUGCAGCGACUACGCAACGAACGCGGGCGUCACAUGCCGCUAAUUGUGGUCAAGGACAAGGAUCCCAACGAGCUACAGUUCAACCGUCUGCUCGUGGAAGACAAGUUCAACGAUGCCCAGUCGUAUGUGGACUAUUUGUGCCACAUCCAUCGGGAAAUUCAGACAAUGAAUGCUUAGGUCCAGGCCAACGUCAUGCUAAUAGCCGGCUCAGCGCGCAAGAGCACGGAGCUCAAGUUGUGGCCACGUUCUCUCCCUGCAACCGCGUGCUUGUUUUGCAUCCCUCCUCCCCGUCUCUCCGCGUGCGCUAUGGGGAGGCGUGUGAGAAUGCUGAUUGAAAAUUUUUGCAGUGUCACUCUUGAGCCUCUUUACACAUUAAUUCUUGGCAUGUGAAUCCAUUCAAAGUGUC